UGAGUGCAGCUUCAGUAAUGAUGUGCCAUCAGAAAUUCGUGACGCCGUCCUUCCAGUUUCACUUCAGUGAUCAGAGGAGGAGAAGGAGGAAGGAAAAGCCAAAUUCAAGCAAGGAGGUGGAAUUCUCUUUGAAAUACUUGUGCUCCAGCACUGCCUGUGAUGUUACAGAACCUGCAGCAUCUCACGCACAGCCCAGCUCCCGGUGCCAGGCAGCAAGAGGUGUGCUUCUAUGACAACUGCACCGCAUCCUCUAUGGCUUCAGUAACAGAUGCCAGAUACAGGCAGAAAGAUACUUCGGAUCAGAACUUUGAUUACAUGUUCAAAAUCCUCAUCAUUGGCAACAGCAGCGUGGGUAAAACAUCCUUCCUCUUCAGAUAUGCCGAUGACACUUUUACACCGGCCUUCGUCAGCACAGUAGGAAUUGACUUCAAAGUGAAAACAGUUUAUAGGAAUGACAAGCGGGUAAAACUGCAGAUUUGGGAUACAGCUGGACAAGAAAGAUACAGGACCAUCACUACAGCCUACUACCGAGGAGCCAUGGGCUUCAUCCUCAUGUAUGACAUCACCAGUGAAGACUCCUUCAAUGCAGUGCAGGACUGGGCCACACAAAUCAAGACUUACUCAUGGGACAAUGCACAAGUGAUCCUGGUUGGAAACAAAUGUGACAUGGAGGAUGAAAGGAUCGUUCCUUUGGAGAAAGGGAAACAUCUGGCUGAUCAGCUGGGUUUUGACUAUUUCGAAGCUAGUGCCAAGGAAAACAUCAACGUGAGGCAGGUGUUUGAGCGCCUUGUGGAUAUAAUCUGUGACAAGAUGUCAGAGAGCAUAGAGUCAGACCCGUCCAGGGGCACUUCGGGAAGGAACGUGAGGCUCACAGACAACCCACCCCCUUCACAGCAGAACUGCUCAUGUUAGUGACCUUUUCUUGCUGAGAAAUCUCCUCCUUUCCUGACUCAGUUUUCUCUCUUUGUUUGUGGUGGUGCGUUACCGUGUAGUCCAAAGGCAGAAGUUUCUCUGUUGUAGGAAACUGGUAUGUUUAAUGUGCUGGAGUGAUUAAUAUAUUAUUAUCUGAUCAUUUAAAAGCAAACACUGAAUAAAUAUCAUGAGUGCACCCGGUGUUAAUGUGCAAGUUACACUGAAUGAAGGAAAAGCAUCCAUAUAGUGUUGCAGAUGUGUAUAUUUGGAUCUACUGUGGACAACUGCUCAGUGGUGGAUGAGCUGCAGGAUGAUGGCUAUGAGGAAUUGGCAUGAAUGAGGCAAGUUGUGCUGUGUAAGACAGACAAACAGCAGGAGCCAAAGUAUUAUUGCCACUAUUGUUAGAUUUUCUCUCCACGUUUUGUUGUUGAUUCUGGUUUUUAACUCUGUGCUACAUGUGAGGGUGGAUUUUAAGGUAUCAGGUUCAGUCUCUAUGUGUAUUAUUAGAGGUGCUGAAUAGCACACAGCUACCAAUGACAAACAACAGCGAUAUCCUGUUGGCUACGCUACAGACGUCGUGUGAUUCUUUAUGGGGAUGGAUCAUGUUUAAUAUUCAACAUCUAAAGUAUUGUUGUAUUGAAUAUCUAUCCAUACUGAACCACAAAGCUUUGUGUGUGUGUGGAGCUCCGUCUGUGAGCCUGUGUUUGCAAUACAAGGACCUGCUUUUGUGAACCUGUAGCACUGUGUAGCACCUGCCUUUUGUCAAUGACUGCACUGCUCAAACAGCGAUUGUAAAACACAACUGGGUGGAUAUAGAAGAAAACUGCUGUAUUAAUGGUGAAAUAAACCCUGUGAAACUGCCAAAUAAAGCGGAGUGCUGCCACCAGG